AUGAUCACCAGAAACUACUUUCGGACGAGAAAAGUGAGGGCGGCCCUAGGUGACAGCUCAGCGGAGCCGGUCCCUGGAAAGCAGCACAUCUGCUCGAGUCUCCUCCACCACCUUCCAGCCAGAGGCACUGCCUGGACCGAGAUAGCUUCGACCACAACCUGCACCAGGUUCACGGACGAAUAUCAGCUUUUCGAGGAGCUCGGAAAAAGGGCGUUCUCAGUGGUGAGAAGAUGUAUGAAAAUCUCUUCUGGACAAGAAUAUGCUUCCAAAAUUAUCAACACCAAAAAGCUCUCUGCGAGGGAUCACCAGAAAUUGGAAAGAGAAGCUAGAAUCUGCCGUCUUUUGAAGCACCCAAAUAUUGUGCGGCUUCAUGACAGUAUAUCAGAAGAGGGCUUCCAUUACUUGGUGUUUGAUUUAGUCACUGGAGGUGAACUGUUUGAAGAUAUAGUGGCAAGGGAGUAUUGCAGUGAAGCUGAUGCCAGUCAUUAUAUACAGCAGAUUCUAGAAAGUGUAAAUCAUUGUCACCUAAAUGGCAUAGUUCACAGGGACCUGAAGCCGGAGAAUUUGCUUUUAGCUAGCAAAUCCAAAGGAGCAGCUGUGAAGUUGGCAGACUUUGGCUUAGCCAUAGAAGUUCAAGGAGACCAGCAGAAAGAUCCGUAUAGAAAGCCAGUGGAUAUGUGGGCAUGUGGUGUCAUUCUCUAUAUUCUUCUGUUGGGAUAUCCACCCUUCUGGGAUGAGGACCAACACAGACUCUAUCAACAGAUCAAGGCCGGAGCUUAUGAUUUUCCGUCACCAGAGUGGGACAGACUAACUCCUGAAGCCAAAGACCUCAUCAAUAAAAUCCUUACUAUCAACCCUGCCAAACGUAUCACCGCCUCAGAGGCCCUGAAGCACCCGUGGAUCUGUCAACGUUCUACUGUUGCUUCCAUGAUGCACAGCCAGGAGACUAUAGACUGCUUGAAGAAAUUUAAUGCUAGAAGAAAACUAAAGGGUGCCAUCUUGACCACUAUGCUGGCUAUGAGGAAUUUUUCAGCAGCCAAGAGUUUGUUGAAGAAACCAGAUGGAGUAAAGGAGUCAACUGAGAGUUCAAAUACAACAAUCGAAGAUGAAGAUGUGAAAGCACGAAAGCAAGAAAUUAUCAAAGUCACUGAGCAACUGAUUGAAGCAAUCAACAAUGGAGACUUUGAAGCUUACACAAAAAUCUGUGAUACAGGCCUUACUGCCUUUGAACCCGAAGCACUGGGUAAUUUAGUGGAAGGGAUGGACUUUCAUCGAUUCUACUUUGAAAAUGCUUUAUCUAAAAGCAAUAAACCAAUACACACUAUUAUCCUGAACCCUCAUGCCCACCUGGUAGGCAAUGAUGCUGCCUGCAUAGCUUAUAUUAGGCUCACACAGUACAUGGAUGGCAGUGGAAUGCCAAAGACGAUGCAGUCAGAAGAGACCCAAGUCUGGCACCGCCGGGAUGGGCAGUGGCAAAAUGUUCAUUUCCAUCGCUCGGGCUCACCAACAGUACCCAUCAAGCCAUCCUGUAUUCCAAAUGGGAACGAAAACUUCUCAGGAAACACCUCUUUGUGGCAAAACAUCUAA